AUGGCAUCGUCAUCCCGCCCUUCGCUGUCGCUUCGGCGGCAGUCUUCCACGCGGAGUCUCAGACAACCCGACCAUGAUGAGUUGUCACAGUCGUUGAACCAGCUCAGCAUCUCCACUUCACCCGGCCGAGCUCCGUCCCGCCUUGUCUCCGAACCAGCUUCACCCUUCCGUCCCUCGGGCCGUCGUACUUCACAGUCACCGGCACCGAAUUCUCGAGCGCCAUCACGUAGCUCCUCCCAGGAACCUUCUUUGAGCACGCCUACCCUCCUACGGAAAGCCUCUAUGAACUCGAUGCGUUCAUCUAAUGGAAUGGGGCCCGGUUCAACUUCGAGACGCUCUAGCGUGGCGCAUCUCAUGUCACCGACUCAAGCCAAGUCGCCAUAUAAAGAAAAGAUCCGACCAACCGCCCGUUCCAUUGCUCACAGCAACCUGAAUUCUGAGCUGCGAGUGCAUCAUGGUUCUAUCGCUACCCGCUCAACCCAAAUGGUUGUCGUCUUGAACGAUGCUGUCUAUGGUCACCGUUUUUCUCGACCUCGGGCUUCCCGUGCUGCUCUUAGUAUGAUUGUUGAAAGACCGGAACGAAUAAGAGCUGCGGUGCUAGGUAUUUCUGCAGCCUAUGUGCGCCUGGGCGGUAGACACUGCGAAGGUGAAUAUCCACUUCACCCAGGAAGGGAAGCAGAACAUCUUCAAGGAAUCCCUUUCCGGAUACACAAGACAGAACGCAGUCUUUCGCUUCUUUCGCCAGUCGUGACCAACGUGCAUGGAACAAAAUGGAUGGAGGAACUCAAGAUGAUGUGUGAAGCGGCCGAAUCGAAGCUUGCGAUGGGAGGAAAGGAGCUCCAAAGACCAGAACUAAACCGGGGAUCCGAUAAGCCUCCUGAUAAACUCCACGAGGGAGACUUGUACCUCUGCUCAGAGUCUCUGAACGCCAUGGAAGGUGCCUUGGGAGCUGUUUGUGAAGCCAUUGAUACUGUUUUUGGUUCGGGUCCGCGCCGUGCAUUCGUGGGCGUACGACCCCCAGGUCAUCAUUGUUCCGAUUCUUAUCCUUCUGGAUUUUGUUGGAUCAAUAAUGUUCAUGUUGGUAUCAUGCACGCAGCUCUGGAGCACGACCUUACCCAUGCUGCCAUUAUCGAUUUUGACCUUCAUCACGGCGACGGAUCUCAGGCUAUCACUUGGCAGCACAAUUCUCGAGGAAAUAACGCCGCCAAGAAUGCAGCGGCUUGGAAGAAAUCGUCGAUCGGUUACUUCAGCUUACACGACAUCAACUCCUACCCGUGUGAAAUGGGCGAUGAAGAAAAGGUUAGGAGCGCCAGUAUCUGCAUCGACAAUGCGCACGGACAAACGGUCUGGAACGUCCAUCUCGAACCGUGGAAGUCAGAAGAGGAGUUUUGGAAACUCUAUGAGACAAGAUAUACCGUUCUGCUGGACAAGGUGAGGAACUAUCUCAGGAAGCAGGCGGAACGGUUGAGGGAUUCGAAGAUGCCACCAAAGGCUGCAAUCUUCUUGUCUGCUGGUUUCGACGCCAGUGAGUGGGAGGGUGAGGGCAUGCAACGCCACAAGGUCAACGUGCCGACGGAAUUCUACGCCCGCAUUGCUCAAGAUGUUGUCAAACUAGCAGCUGAAGAAGGUCUUCAUGUCGACGGCCGGGUCAUCAGCGUGUUGGAAGGUGGCUAUAGUGAUCGAGCUCUUUGUUCUGGCAUCAUGAGCCAUCUCAGUGGACUAGCUGGCGACCAGACAAGCGAACACUCGUCGGGCAACUCCAGCCGCUUAGGCGUCGAGAUGGCAGAGAAGGUUGAGACACCAGAGCAGAAGCCAUCAUUGGAUUCUAUACAUGCUUACGACCCGUCAUGGUGGUCGACCUCGAAUUUGGAAGAGCUUGAAGUUCUCAUGGGCGAUCCAAAUGCUGCCGCCUCAAAAUACCCGCAAUAUGUUACGCUUCCAUCCUACUUUGCUCCGACACAGGCGUCAACUGCUAAGUCCUCUGACCCUAUGAAGAUGCAGCGUAGUCUGUCGAAGCUGGGCUCGGCCAUGCCCAGGCCUCCUUCGCCGCCACCACCAGAAGUCCCCUGGGCGGUUGCGACUCAUGAGUUGAGCAAACUUCUCAUUCCCUCUACACGGCAAACUGGUAGCUGCAAACCCGAGGAACUGAAUGCAGAAGCAAGCCGGGCCAGACGCGAUCGACAGUCUAUAUUGAUGGGUGUCGAUCCCAACCCUCCGCCUGAACCUGCCCCAGCUUCUCGUCCAACAUCCCGUAUGUCUCUGCGCGAGAGGCGAGCUAAGCCAGCACCGGCCCCUGAGCCAACCGCCGACAAGGCGUCCAAAGGUCGCAGAAGGACGAUGGGCGCCACUACUGUCGCUUCCGAAAAGGUAAGUCGCAUACUAUCACCCAACGGAUCAAGGCUAAUUUCUCCCAAGGCGGUGGCUCGCGGCGUUCCCUCACGAACCAACAGUGAUGAGCCAGGAGUGAGGAGGUCUAGUAGGCGUCUUAGUGAGAUCCCUAUCCCCCUCACCUCCCGGCUACCUUCCAGCCCUGAGUCAGCCCUGCCUGAGGCUGCUGAACAUGCCCAAACGGUUCCCAACUCGCCUAUCACCACAAAGGAGGCCCCAGGCGGUACCUUGCCAGUCAAGAAGACGCGGACUUCCACAGCUUCUCGUAAAGAACCUGCACCCAAAGCACCUCGAGCUACCAAAAAAGCUACCACGACAGCUGGUCCCUCACGACCUUCUGCGGCAGCUCAGAAAGCCAAGUCGCCGGAUCAAGCCCCGAAGGAUGGCGCAGCUGGCGAUGGCAUCGACAGCAUCACUUCGGGUAUGAGGAAGAUCCGUAUCAACUUGAUCACCAAGACCCAAAAGGAAGCUAAAGAACGUGCUCGCCUUGAGGCUGAAAAGGCUAAAGCCAAUGCCACUGCUACUGACCCAGCCAAGCCUAUUGAGGCAUCCUCUACUGCCCAGCACCCAUCGGAAACCAAGUCUGAUGAUCCAGACACGGUCGUCGUCUCUCCUGAGGCUCAUAACAUCUCUCCUACACAAUCUCUACCAACUGACUCUACACCACCCGCGGCUACCCCCUCGAGCAGCGUUGCAUCUCCUUCACAAGAACAAGCUCCUUUUCAGUCUGUCGCGCAUGUGUCUCAGGUAGCGUCUCCUCCGCUAAGCUCGCCUUCUAUUCCCUCAGUUUCUGUCCAUCCUAGCGCGGACUCAGACGAUGUCUUUAUCCCUUAUGAGCCCCAAGGCCCUGCGCCCAAGCCCAUUGUGCAGAGCGAACCAUUGAAAUGGCUUCCACCUAACGUACCAACUCCUUCUACACAAACACCUGCUGCGACACCUAGUCCCGUCAAGAAGAACAAUCUCUUCCAGUACACUUCUUCUGGAAUCCCCUUUGCGCCUCGCCCAGGACAGUCAGCACAAGGCGCAUCCACUGAGACUGCAGAGCUAGGGGUCAAGCAAGAGUCCGACAUCCCUCACUCUAUCGAGGAAAUUCCCGAAACACCUCAACACUAG